GAAGAAAGACGCACGAAACAGUCGAAGAAGAAAGAAAGACGAAGACGAAGAAGAAGAAGCGAAACGACCAUGGCAAUAUCCGAAACGUCUCAGCUUGAGAUAGAGUCCGAUGCCAGCGCACCUCUACCGCCGUCGACCACCGCACGGAGCAUGCACGCGCACCACAAUAGACAGAGCCCAGAUGAAUGAGGAGCCGUACCUGGGCCGUGGGGAUGAACAUGAGGGUCAUCUUCAUCCAAAACGCCGGUUGCGUCGCAGCGUUCUCGCCUUUCAGAUGUGAGUCGGUGGAGUUGUCGGUGUUUCGGGCGACCGGGGAGUUAUUAUACACAGCGAGGAGGGAGAUCAGACCCAUUGAUUUAGUCGUUUAAAAACAACAACAAAUAAUAUUAUUGUAUCGGGAUAGAGCUUGCGUAUAUACAUUAUAGCCAAUAUAUCAUAUUUGAAUCCAACGCGUGUUCAGCUUCCGGCAUGCUGCCUGCUGAAAUCUAACAACACAUUUUUUUAUUACAUCUUGGCACUAUAAUUAUUUGUUGUCCUGUAAUACGGGACUAUGUAUCAGGUAAUUAUGUACCGAUAAUGUCCUUUAUAGACGUGUGUGAUUAAUCCAUGAGUAGACUGAUUAGGAUAAAGAGAUUAUAACAUGAAUAGGUAGGAGGAGGAGGAACAAAACAAUCUGUGUUCACUUUGAUCAAAGCCGAUUGAUCAACCGAGACAAUCUGGAAAUGUCAGUUUCCACAUGUAAUAAUAGGCUAUGACUAGUAGGCUACGCGUUAUUCCUUGUAAUUUAUUUAUUUAUUAUUACUAUUAUUAGACCUUUAAGUAUUAUAUUAUCAAUUUACUAGGUAGUUUGAAAUAUUUAACAGUGGGAAGGUCGUUGAAACACUUCCCUAGUGAGAUGGAAACCGCUUAUUUAUCGCCCCACCGGGGGUCAACCCUCCCCCUGGCCCAGAGGGGCCAAACCUCAGCGGGCAAACCGGCGGGAGGUGACCUCUCCCCUCCGCCUCCAGCUCCAUCCCCGCCUGCCGGCAGCUCGGUCGAAGGGACCCCGGCAGGCGGUGAUGGACGGAGGAACUCCGGCGUGAAGAAACACCACCACAAGCACAAUUUGAAACACCGCUACGAGCUGCUGGAGACACUGGGAAGAGGCACCUACGGCAAAGUCAAGAAGGCCAUCGAGCGACGCUCCGGCAGAGAGGUGGCUAUCAAGUCAAUUCGGAAGGAGAAGAUCAAGGACGACCAGGACAUGGUUCACAUCCGUCGAGAGAUUGAGAUCAUGUCAUCCCUCCGCCACCCACACAUCAUCUCUAUAUAUGAAGUGUUUGAGAACAAGGACAAGAUCGUGAUCGUGAUGGAGUACGCCAGCAAGGGCGAGCUGUACGACUACAUCAGCGAGCGGCGACGCCUGAGCGAGCGGGAGACGCGACACUUCUUCCGACAGAUAGUCUCCGCCGUGCACCACUGCCACAAGAAUGGAGUGGUGCACAGGGAUCUGAAACUGGAAAAUGUGCUACUGGAUGAAAACUGUAAUAUUAAGAUUGCUGAUUUCGGGCUGUCCAACCUCUACCAUAAGGACAAGCUGCUGCAAACCUUCUGCGGCAGCCCGCUCUACGCUUCACCAGAGAUCGUCAAUGGGAGACCUUACCGUGGCCCAGAGGUGGACAGCUGGGCUCUUGGGGUGCUGCUGUAUUCUCUGGUCUACGGGACGAUGCCAUUUGAUGGUGGAGACCACAAGAACCUCAUUCGCCAGAUUAGCAACGGCGAUUACAAAGAACCGACUCAGUCCUCAGACGCCCGAGGACUGAUCCGCUGGAUGCUGAUGGUGAACCCGGAGCGCCGGGCCACCGUGGAGGACAUAGCCAACCACUGGUGGGUAAACUGGGGCUGGAAGAACAGUGUGUGCGACUGCGAGACCCAACGCGAUCACGGAGGCUCGCCCAUGCUGGCCCGCUUCAUCGACUGGCAGAACCGCACUGAGCCACGUGGUUCUGGAGGCAAGGCCGCAGCCACGCCCCCCCCGCUGCUGCGCCAGAGGCCCAAAAAGUCCAAGAAGGAAAACGUCGAAGCCGGACAGGCCCACUGUGGAGAAGAAGACAAGCCGGGGCUGAAGAGACCCAAAGGGAUCCUGAAGACCAGGGUUACCGGGGAGCAGCAGUCCGCCGGUCCGGAUGAAGUGGAGUCGGGCCAGGCGGCGCUGCCCCGACAGGCCGAAGGCGGAGAGGACGCCUCGAGUCCAGAUCAAGAAGAGGAAGAAGAGCUGAGUCUGAGAGGUGGCUCUCCAGCCAAGAUGGUGCCCUCCCUGCCCAGGAAAGGCAUCUUAAAGAACAACCAACAGCGGGAAUCGGGGUACUACUCCUCGCCAGAGCGCAGCGAGUCCUCCGAGCUGUUAGGGGGCGCCAGUAUGUCUCUGCUGGCCUCCUCCCCACCCCGGAGAGCGAUGGGGAGAAAGGGCAUCUUGAAGCGAAACGGCAAGUACUCCACCUACAGCGGGCCUCCGUCAGCGGCGGCGGCGGCCGGCGUCCUCGGCGAGCCUCACCCCUCCGCCGACUCGGGUCUGUCCCGCAGUCAGAGUCGUCCCUCCAGCAUCGUCGGCGAGGACAGCUCCGCCCCGUCGCCGUCGCCCGGCUCCCUCAGCGGGGCCGAGUGGCAUUCGUCCACCGCCCACCUCCGGCCGAACGUCAGGGCCUGCGCCUCGGCCGAAAACCUGCUGCAGCUCGCCAACUUCAAGGGCUUCCAGGCCGCCCCGCCGCUCCAGGGAUCAAAGUUCAGCCGCGGCCCCAAAACGAAAGGCUCCCCGGGGGACAAUGGCAGCUUCUCCUUGCUGGGGGACCUGGAGGACAUGACUCAGGUGUACCAGCAAGCCCUGGACAUCAGCAGCAACCUCCCCUAACAGAUGGGUGGCAGAGAGAGAGAGAGGGGGAAAUGACCAUGACGGUGUGUGUGUGUGUGUGCGCAUGUACAGAUGUUUAUAGGUCACAUUAAACGACCAGUGUGUUACUGGGAUACACCUUUUGGGAAGUAUUGGUUUUCCAAAUGUGGCUGAAAUUUUGAUGGAAAUGAUGUUUUCGCACACACACACACACACACACACACAUUCUGUCAGGGUUAGAAAGGAGUUGGCACGAGCGAAUGCCACCCAGUCUGCUUUCUUGGCCCGCCCAUAGACUUUGCUGUGUUCAACAUGUUUACAUAUUCAGCAAGAAGGCAAGUUAGAAUCACAAACGCAGCGACCGGCAACUGGUUGGCUCCCCUUGUGCACGACCCAUUUUGAGUUUGAGUUUACAAAAGCACCUUAAAACUCACACAGAGCACACGCUUUUGUGAUCUUUACUUCCUUUGUAAAACAAAACAAAAAAAAAGAGAAAGGAAACAAACCAGGGUCUUGUUCCAAAAAUGACUGACAUUGCUGAUUAUUUAUUGAUAUUUGUGUAGCUUUUUAGUUUUAAGUGCAAAACUGGUGGGCGCUGGCUGUUACUGGAAGAGUCCAAAGCUCCUUGUCUCUUUGUGUGGAUCUGACAUAUAUAAUUAUGUGACUCAGUGAUGAGGAACAUAUAUAUACUCAGCAUAUAUAACUGUGUCUGCGCUUGUAAAACACGCGGGCAAAUAUACCUUCAUAAAAGCGUAUGUCCUAUAUAUGUGUAUGAUACUAGGGAAUAUGUAGGAAAGUGCCUUUUUUGAUUCAUUAAAAAAAAAAAUUAUGUAUGUCAUUUCCUUUAAAGUGGAGGGAAAAGCCAGGCCAACCUGUCACCAGUUGUGCUUUUUUUUGUUUUUAUAUAUGUUUGUGAAUGUGGAGAGAGACCCAGGGCCUUCAGCAAACAGAUGACGAGCUUUACUUGUUUCGGGGUUUAAAGGUCAAUCUCAAGACGGUUGAGAUCAAACGGUCUCCGCUCCUUCCACGCGUAGAAUCACACACAGAUAUGCCUCAGAGAGACCUCCUCUGUGCUCUUUGUCAGUGUUUAAGCCCACAGUUUGGUUUGUCAGCAGUCUCGGUGGUUUGUUGGAGCCCCAGAAGUCUGGAGGGACUCACCUCGCGGGGCCGUGAGUGAAGGGAGAUGGGGCAGACACCAGCUCACAGUCCUGGAAUGUGCCUGGCUCUUAUAACCUUGGAGGUUUCACAUUGCAGGGGUGUACCUGAUGGAACAGGCUGUUUAGUGAGAGAAUUUUCUCUUCUUUUUUUUAUUACCAAAGACACAUAAGGUGGUUUUUCUAUCGUCGGACUCGUUCAUAUUUGACCCGAAGCGCUUCAAAACAGCGAAGUAAGAUUGUUUGUUUAGGCUGCUGAUGACUCAGCAAAUUCUUCAGACAAAGGCUGGAGACGUGUCGGCGCUCGAGAUCUCUAUGUCGGCCCCGGCCCCGACUCAGCACAGGUGGGAUCUGCGGUGCGUGCUCAGCCCUCCAGCUGUGUAUACUGGUCCUUUAUGUCAACGAAGCACAAUUAGCCAGCUAUUGUUUUCAUUUGAGAGAGAGAGAGAGAGAGAGGCAAGCGAGUCGAGAUUUAUAGCCAGAGGGGGAAGGAAAAGCGUGUGAAAGAGUGAUGCUUGGAAAGGUGAUGAGGUUAGAGAGGACUUUCCUGUAGAACACAGGAAAGGUCAAGGAGUUUGAUUUAUUUGUUGAAGGAAUCGCAAUGUGGAAUAGUGAAAGUAAAGAAAGUGAGUAGAAAGAGGAGAUGGAAAGUUUAGUUUUUUAUAUACCAAAAAUGUAUGACGGUUUGGCAUGAUUCAGAGACAGGGAGAGGUCAGGGUCCUCUGGAUUUUUCUUUGACGUGGGAAUCCCCAUCGGUGAAUGAAAUCAUCCCCACAUUGGCUUUACAUCGCUUUUGUUUUCAUUUUCCUUUUUGAGUUUUUUAUUAUUUGAGAUGCUGGAGGCUGUUGAUACAGCUUGUCUCGAGGGUCAGUCGGUGUGUGAUUCGCGUGUCCUGCAUGGCGAUAGAAAGUGUGUGACACUUUUCCACAGCAGCAGAAAGUGGGAGAACGAUGACUGACAUCAUCCAACAUAUCAAAUGAUGUUGAUGGAAAACCAUGCAGUAAAUGACCCGGGAGGAAAUGGAUCCCAUGUUGAAUGUUUGCAGUGGUCCUCUCGUGUGAAGCAAAGGUCCUGGGUGUUGACUCCAAGGAAAGACCCGUUGCGUAUUAUAUUGCAUUUUAUUGCCUUUUUGUAUUGCAUUUUAUUGUCAACUGGAUUUACAGUGAGAAAAUUAUACUAUGUUAGUAUUUUUGUUUCUUUAUGCUUCUGUUUUUGAUUUUCCAAAAUAUAAGAAACUUUAUAUUGCUUUAUGUUAUGGCAGAAAAUACUUCCUUCCAGGACAAAUCUGAUCAGAAGUUGGUGUAGUCUCAGUUUCCAUCUGUUUUGCUACACCUGUCGGUGAGAGAAGUUCAGUUCAGAAGUAGUUCAUUAACAACCUCCAAAUUGCAAAACAAUUAAUAAUACAUCGAUUGGCAUAGGGUUAAAAUGCAAGAUGAUGUACGAAUCUAUGUAUCAAUAGCCGGCCCGAAGAAUAUCGCAGUUACACCUCUACAGAAGUUGGGGAGGUCCGAAAUGUGUCGGGAGUAAAAGGAAAUAAAGCAAUGGAAAGAAUCUGAUGAUAAAAACGUUAACUCUGCCAAACUGGAAACACGUGGUGCAUAUCUGUUAGUUAGCAGUUAGUCUAAUCAUAGGAAAACUUGACUGGAUAUUGUUAUGACAAUAAUAAUAAAUUAGUAUUAUUAUGUUAUUUAAGUAUUAUUUGUGUUAAGGCUCAUUACUAGUGAUGGUCUGUUGGUGAUCCUGGACUGCCAAGGUGGAUUAAGUUGUGUGCCUUUGGUAUCUUUCAUGAACAAUCUUUUUGUUGUGCCUUUUUUUUUGGGGGGGUGGGGGGUUUGAUAAUGAAAAUUAUUAUCAAUGUGUUUUUAUACUUGUAUUUAUUGGUGAUCAAGCCAUUUCAUUCGUUUUGUCCAAAUACUCCCCCGUUCAUGCUUGUGGCCUGCUUUAGACUGCGUGUUGUGUUCAGGUCGCGCUGCACACACACACACACACACACACAUAUAAAUCCAGUGGCAUCAUCUCGUUGCGAUAGUAGCGGUCAGGCGUGUAUUUUUUAGGGGUAAGAAAUGAACAGUUUCUCAAAUCCUGUAAAAAUGGCUUAAUUCAUCCAUCCGGGUGUAUUUCUACUCAACACAAUGCCUCUGUAGUACUGUAUCAACUCAAAUAAAUGGCUCUUGAAAGUUA